GACUCGAGGAACGGUGCUUCUUGCCUCCCUGCGAAAAAAAACUGCCUUCAGAUAAGAUUGUAGAGUAGCCUUAGGACCUGCUUACGCCCUACUCACGGUAGGGAAUUUUUUAAGGGAGCCCCCUUAUAAGUAACACAUUCAGACAUCAUGGCAGACGACGCUGAUAUGCGCAAUGAGCUGGAGGAGAUGCAAAGGCGUGCAGAUCAGCUGGCUGAUGAGUCACUGGAGAGCACCCGCCGUAUGCUGCAGUAUGUUGAAGGGAGUAAAGAUGCUGGUAUCAGGACUUUGGUUAUGUUGGAUGAGCAAGGAGAACAACUGGAACGCAUCGAGGAGGGAAUGGAACAAAUCAAUAAGGACAUGAAAGAAGCAGAAAAGAAUUUGACGGACCUAGGAAAAUUCUGUGGUCUAUGUGUCUGUCCAUGUAACAAGCUUAAAUCCAGCGAUGCUUACAAAAAGGCUUGGGGCAAUAACCAAGAUGGGGUUGUAGCAAGCCAACCUGCUCGGGUUGUGGAUGAGCGUGAGCAGAUGGCCAUAAGUGGAGGCUUUGUCCGUAGAGUAACAAAUGAUGCCAGAGAAACAGAAAUGGAUGAAAACCUCGAGCAAGUCGGUGGCAUUAUUGGAAAUCUUCGUCACAUGGCCCUUGAUAUGGGCAAUGAGAUUGAUACACAAAAUCGCCAGAUUGACAGGAUCAUGGAGAAGGCUGAUUCCAACAAGGCCAGGAUUGAUGAGGCCAACAAACAUGCCACAAAGAUGCUGGGCAGUGGUUAGAUCCAAUGGUGGAGCUUCUGUAUGAUACUGUCCCACAAGACAAUGCUUUCAUGCUUUUACCAUGGUAUUUACCUACUAGGUUUGCACACAUGCACAUAUCAGCCUCCCUUGUAAAUGUUGUCCUGUGUAGUAUGUCAGCUUUCCUAAAAGAAAAAUAUAUACUUGUAAUUAUUUCUUUUCUAGAUAUCUUCCUUUCCAAAGGAUGUAUAUAGUGAAAUAGCUCACUAUGCCAUUUGGAUUUUGUUUGUUUGUUUGUUUUUGUUCAUUUCAUUUUUUAAUUUUUUUGUAAAAAGAUUUCUGUUGAAUGACAACGAUGUUGGAAUGUUAAACGUGCUGUUUAUCUUGAACUUCACAGUAUUGUUCUUGUAAAAUUGUGACAUUCCAGAGAGCUACCGCCAUUCUUUCUUUUUUCUUCUCUAUGUCAUGAUAAUUACGCUGUGGAACUUGCUGUCCUUGGUUCUUCCUUGCAAACAUCUGUUGUUAUAAUUUCAUUAAAACGUGGACCUAUAUAACUAUAUUAAGCAUUGCACUACAAGUGAUGUGUGUUAUGCAUUGAUGCAUGAAAACAAAUAGACAUUUAGAUGCCUAAAUAAUAAGACCUUACACCGGCAGUAGCACAUCAACUAAAAAGCAUGCUGAGUAUUUGGACACUGUUGGGACUGUGUUAAACCAGCAAGUUUGCUGUAGUGCCACAUUUAUGUCAAUGUAUAGAUAUAUUUGAACAUAAUUAUGCGUUUUUGUUUGUUUAUUUGUUUAUUUGUUUGUUACAAAGGGCAGACUUGGCACAUACUUCUAGCAAAAAUAUAUAUAAUGCUUUUUUUUUGCUGGUAAUAUAUAAAAAAUUAAAAAAAAA